AUGGCGGCAAAAUCAGAAGAAGAUGAAAAAGAUGAACAUUUUAAGCAACUUAAACUUGUUGUUUUUGGUGCCACUGGUGCUACAGGAACAGAGGUGGUGAAAGAAGGUUUAGAACUUGGCCAUGAUAUUACAGCCAUUGUAAGAACACCCGAGAAUUUUAAGUUAAAGUGAGUAUAUAAUAGUUUGAAAAUAUGUGUUUUUAUUAUAUUCUAAUAUUUAUUAGAAUAAAAGUCUAAAUAAAUUUACCUAGACUCCCUAGAGAACCCUUCUUAGACACCAGUUUAGGAAGAAAAGGGUAAAUAUUCUGACCUUUUUAUAUUAAAUAAUUUUAAACAAAGCAGGUCAUUUCUUUUGUAUUUAUAACUUUUGUUUAAUACAAAUUCAACGUGUGAUAUUGCAUACGUAUUAACAGGGUUGAGUAUGGUUGUACUGUAAUAUAAUAUAUGUUUUAAUAAUUUAAUGUUAUAAACACUGCUGUAGAGAAAAAGUGUAUUUUAUAGUAAUAAGGUUUAACACAAUGGCAUCAGCUGUUGCAUUGGAAUUGGUAUUUAUUACAUAUAUUAUAAUAUUUACACACUUUAUGCAUUUUGCAGUAUGAUUGAGACAGGUACUACUUGUGAUCUAGUAUUAUAAAACCUUCAUGAGAAUUGCCCCACACGUUAUAGGCAUGAAAAUUUGAAAAUUGUCAAAGGAGAUGCAUACCAUAUUGAUACCUUUGAAGCAGAAUUCUCUGGAAAAGAUGCAGUGUUAUCAUCUCUUGGGUCAACAUCAAUUGGUCCAUUUGCAACCACAACAUUAUAUUCAGACACUAUGAAGGUUAUUUUUGAGGCCAUGAAAAGGUGAGAUUGCAAAACCAGUAUGUUUGAAAUUUGGGUGGUGGUGCCCAGGGAUUGUGGACCUAUUUGACCGCAAAAUUUAGAUAAAAUUAGAAUGAGGUCCAUUUUCGCUAGAUAUUUGAGAAACGUAGACCAGAUCUUUCCAUUGAUACAGAGACAAAAAUUCGGGUCUGACCGGUCAGGCCAUUGAAUGGAAAGCGCCCUAUGAAAGCAGCUGCAAUUCAAGCAAAAUUUACAUCAAUGACACAAUUUGCAAAGCAUUCUUGAUAUUUUACCCCCUCUGACCAGAUAUUUUAAUAUAUAAAAUUAAUAUAUAAAUAUUAAUAUAUAUAUAUAUUAAUAAAUAUAUAUAUAUAUCCACAAACUUAAACAGUAUGGCGUAUCAGGACAGUUGUAUGCAUGGUUCGAAGACUAUCUGAGCGGUCGUUGUCAACGAGUUGUGGUAGAUGGAGUUGUGGUAGAUGGAGUUGUGGUAGAUGGAAUUGUGGUAAAUAGACCAGAGAUAUCAAUCUCUCGACAAGAACACCCAAACAGACAUCGUUUACCUAGAUUUUGCAAAGGCAUUUGACACUGUUGACCACAAUAUUCUUCUCCACAAACUUAAACAGUAUGGCGUAUCAGGACAGUUGUAUGCAUGGUUCGAAGACUAUCUGAGCGGUCGUUGUCAACGAGUUGUGGUAGAUGGAGUUGCAUCUUCGUGGGCACCUGUAACAUCUGGUGUGCCACAAGGAAGUAUCCUAGGACCUGUUCUGUUUGCGAUCUUUAUAAACGAUCUUCCAAAUGUACUACCAGACGAGACCUCGGCAGCAUUGUAUGCAGAUGACACCAAAGUGUACAAAUCAAUUAAAUCGGAAGAUGACUGUCAAAUUCUGCAACACGCCUUGACCAGCCUUGAAUGUUGGAGUCAUGAUAACAACCUAUAUUUCAACCAGUCGAAAUGUAAGGUGCUGACCAUCACACGAAAAAAGACUCCCCUCGUGCAUGUCUACCACAUGAAUUCAAAGGAACUCUUGCGUGUGGAUAAAGAGAAAGACCUUGGUGUUUGCAUCAGUGCCAACUUCAGUUGGGAUGUUCACAUCCACACAAUCACGGGUAAGGCUAACAAGAUGCUCGGGCUGCUUAAACGAACUUGCCCUCUUUUGAGAGACAAAACAGUACGACGAACGCUGUAUCUCUCGCUUGUUAGAUCUCAGCUAUGUUACGCUAGUGAAGUUUGGUCUCCACACACUGUCAAACUCAAGUCUAGAGUCGAAAGCGUCCAAAGAAGAGCCACCGCAUGGAUACUACAAUCCAAGCAUGGCGAAAUGACAUACCAACAACGGCUAAUGAAUCUCAACCUGCUCCCCCUCUGCUAUGAAAGAGAGAUUUCUGAUCUGGUAUUCUUCUUCAAGGCUCUCUUUGGCAACACAGAUUUGGACGUUAACACCUUUGUCUCCUUUUCCAACAAUCGGACCCGACUCUGUCAAAACCCCUCCCUCACCCUUAAAGUCCCCCUCUGUAAAUCCAACACAUUCAAAGCAUCCUAUUUCAACCGACUAGUUAAAAUAUGGAACUAUACCUGUAAAAUUCUACCUCCUACCACCUUCGCCACCCUCUCUUCGUUUAAAAGAAACAUUAAAAGCACAUAUGAACACUUGCUCGGAACAAUGUCCGACAUAGAAAUGCCAUGUACAUGGUCAUUAGUGCGUGACUGUCCAUGUCAUGGAACUUAGUAAAUAACUGUGUUUCAUGUUUGUGCUGUUUUGUAUUGUAUUUUGUUCUAUUUUAUUGUUUUGUAUAGUUUUAGAAUGGUAAGCACCUUGCAUGGGACUUUAUGUCUCGUUCGUGCUUGAUAUUGUCCAUUUGAGUAUUCUACUUAUUUCUACAUAGAACUGUUGUGUUUAAAACGUUGUAGAAUUCUCAAUAAAAUUGUUAAAAUUGUAAAUUGUAACUUUUACUCCUGAAGGGGUAUAGGCAUUCAUACAUUUUGUGAAACAAUUGUAUUCCUCUUUGGGCCUUUUAUAACAAGAUAACCAAGAUCUCUCAUUAACUCAUUUAGCCACAAUGCACCCUAAUGUUCCCUACUUUGUCUCUUAAUCUGACGAUUUCACUAUAAAUCCAGUAGUGAGGAGAUAUUUGGGCUUGAGAUUUAUAAUUUAUUCUGUACUUUUUUGCACCAGACAUUCUGUAUCGCGUUUGGUUGUGCUCACAUCAUGGUGUACAAAGAAAGGUCCAGGUAAUCCCUGGUUCAUGGAGUGGAUAGUAAGACCAUUUUUUCUUGGUGGUAUACUGAGUGAUAUUGCUAUUAUGGAAGACUUUAUAGAGAGCGCAAAUCCAGCAGAGAUGAAUUACACCAUUGUGAGACCUCCUCAGUUAACUUAUGGUAAGCUUCUUGUGAAAAUCACAGAAAUUGUUUUUACAAAAACCUUGAUGGAUAAUUCUAUUCCCAUUUGUAAAAUCCAUCAAAUUAUCAAUGGAUAAGGCAAAUAAUUGAUAAUUAAUGGUCAAUGACAUGACGUAUAUGUGUUGUGUACAUAUGUAUCUGUGUAUUAAUGAAUUAUGAUUGUACAACUCAUUCAAUUUUGCCUUUCAUUACAAUUACUACAAAGUUUCUUCCAAAACAUUGUAUUACCAAAAGGGUACUUGACACAAAGCUGAAUGGCUAUCACUGUUUCAAAAAAAUGUUAAAUUUUCACUUUGAUAUAUCAUUGAAACUUUCCCAAGGGGAGGCGCAUAAUUUUUCAAGGGAGGUGCAAAAAUUAUCAGCGGAGGUGCGAAACGAUUUCAGGGGAGGUGCGUACCUCCCCUCAAAAUCCAGCCAUGGUUUUAUGUACCUUAGUGUACCUAUUUUUCCGUUUCAGCCUCGGGUAAUCGUACUUACAAGAUUGAAGAAGGUCAGUGUAAUACUAACACAAAGGCAAGUAUACCGCGCGCUGAUGUCGCGCAUUUCAUGCUUGCAGCAUUGCAAACUGACGGGUAUGAUCGGAAAGUAAUGGCCAUUGCAAGUCUAUGACAGCCUCACCGUAUGCGACCGUGCUUGAAGCGUACCAUGCUUAUAGUGGCCCAAUUUAUGGUAGAACAGAUGAUGGUUUAUCUAAGUCUGGACAAUUCGUUCUAUUGGCAGUAUAUAAAUAUAGCACUAUGCUAUAAAUUAACAGUAUGUGUGAACGUUUACACUAUACCGGAUAGCUUUGCGUAGCAGCGCGAAAAAGCACCUAUCCGAUAGGGAAUGUACAACUUUCAUAAGCUGAGCGAAACAUCUAUCCGUUGCAAUAAUUACUCUGAAAAUAGCGUUCCUAUGUACGGCUAGGUAUUUUUACUUCACUACAGAAAGCAAUAAUAAAGUACAGUGUAAACCACGUAGCCUAAUACUAAUUACACAAAAGACAGAUCUACAAGAGAGAUGCGUCUUGAUGAAUUAUCUGUCUCUUGCUAGUAAUUGGGCGAAUACUGUUUAUAAAUAGUAAGUAGCAAUAACUUUUUAUCUCGAAUUGAAAUUCAAAUACAUUAAAAUAGAAAUUUACUGAAUAGAACGAACUCGCAUCGUCUCUGUAUUCAUGUCAAGUGUAUGUUACAAUUUCACUCGUUUCCAACCGAUGUUUCCAACAUCAAACUGACAUCACAUCAUUUUCUCAAUUUUUCAAGUUGAUUCUUUUUGGGUAGGGUUAGUUGCAUAGCACGAGAAAACAUCGGAUUGUGUCCCUAUUCACGUUUCGAGCGAAGGCCCUUCGACCUCUUCCGACAAUGACGUCAUGUUAGUUUGGCGAUAAGCACUGACCGCACGUUAGUGUACUAUUAAAUACGUCAAUUGAAACAAAAGUCGUAAGGCUGUGAUCGAGGACUUCCUGACAAUGAUAAAGCAGUUCAAGAGCCGAGGUUCAUGACUUAGCGCAUGAAAAUCUUAAAGUUAUAUGUAUUAGACAGUAUAGUAUCAAUGCAUUGUUACUACAUAUAAAUUAAACAAAUGAGAAUUCCUAUAUGGCACUAGCACAUUUGGAAAUGCAGAUUUAUAUCGACAUUUUUUGACUGAGAACUUUAUAUCUGAUUACGUUCUAUGUAGUUUCAAGUUUCAUAUAACAGCUGUACAAUUUAAUGUUUAGUCUUUGCUUCGCAAGUUUCACAAAACAUGAAAAUAUAAAACAAAUAUAUAUAAUAGCCUAAUUAAGAUAAACUUGCUAUAAAGUCAACUGGUAUUAUUUCUCUGUGCGGGGUUGAAAUUUCUUAAAGUGCGCAUUUUUGCGAGCUUGACAUAACUUAAAUCCUGAAUUGAAGAUUAAGAUUAUACACUUAGCUACAAUCUUAAAGGUCAUCACUCUUCUUGAAAACUCAGCUGAAAAUUGUGACGUGUUUGUGUUAUUUCCGUUCGGAAAGGAGUAUAUAUGCUCGAAACGUACAAAGAAACAUUUAUUUAACAUCGUUGUCGUUGAGGAAGAACUUUUUGCACGAGAGUUUUGUAAAAUUCUACGAUGAAAUUGGUAGUUUUUGGAGGAACAGGUCCAACUGGAAAAGAAGUCGUGAGACAAGCGUUAAAACUUGGUCAUGUUGUCACCGUUAUUGCUAGAAAUCCUGAAGGUCUGGAAAUUAGGUAAUUCUAAUUCAAGUAGUUUAUUAUAUUACUUUACAUAUAUUUAAUUAGUUAGAAGCAUGAAGAGUGGGGGAUUAAAAUGAUAAGUUGAUAACUGAAGGUGCAGACAAAGUACCCUGUAUUUUACUAGUAUAUAAAUUGCAUACCUUUUUGAAAUUAAUUUUGAAAGCGAUAUAUAAUAUAUAAUAAUCGGUAAGGUCUAUUAUGUAAAUGAUUUCAACUUGAAAAUGAUGCAUGAAAUAGCAUCGAAACGUCUUGUAAAAUAAAACUUAUAUCGCUAGUAUUUGUUUCAAAAUUAAUUUAAAUUGCAUCACUGGCAAUAAUGAAACAAUGUUGCGCAAAAUUGACGCACUUUAUUGUAACACAAAGAUUUUAACGUUUCCAAAUCAUGGCAUUUUAUUCAAACUCAAACAUUUUAUUCUAAACUGCGCAUUAUUUGUUACACGUUUGAGUAGGAAUCAUCUGGAUCGAUUAUACUGUUAAUUAAUCAGGGUUUUCCAUGCGCUCCCGCUGGGCAUGCUCAAAACGUGACGAAUAGCACGACGCGCUGUAUCUCCCCUAAGGGACAUACCCCCAGCAGACAGAGAUUAGUACUGAACUAAUCCACCCCCACACGUCGUCCGUAUAAUACGGUUGUUUAAGACCAAGAAGCGAAUACCCUUUCCUCGACAUUACAAUAACUAUACAGUAAAACGUGAUGAAUAUUAAGGGAAGACCGUUUCUGAACCUCUAGGGAGAACAGUUUAAAACUGAUAAAACUAUCCGAUAUAAAUAAAGUUAGUUCAGGUUGCCUCCUGCCCUUAGGCAAGGAAUCGCUCUUACUUGACCUCUAGGAAGAGUUUAGAACCGAUCCAGUAUAAAUAAACUUAAGUCUGGAUCGAACGAGGAUAAGAGAGAGAGUUGGCAGUCACGCAACCCCAAGGUUAAAUUAGUUUAAUUCAAUUUAUUAACUUUGCCAGAUUCAAACAAUUAACGUUAACACAAAAACUGGCAGGGCAUUCGCAACAGCUUGCGCCAAUUACUGCGAUUAUUACGUACAUAGAAAAAAUCAAUUACUAACAAACUAUCAGAUUCAACUUUUCACAUUGCGACCCGCAGGGCCACUUCUAAUUUUGGAAGCUGACUGAAUCAGAAGACGUUUAACCCUCACAAUCCUAAACCUUCAGCAAAACCCUGAAUAGGCCCCAUAGAUACCAAUGCGAAAAGCUACUUCUGAAAACUAUUAAAAUCUAAAAACAACACGUUAUUGGCCUUGUAAUGUCGCGAGCUUGAUUGCAUUUUAAGCAAACCGUUUUCCAUGUUCGUGGAUCGUCAACGUCAUGACAUGAAUAACAUAAAUGUUCUUAAUGCUUUCUCAACACUGUGAUGUAUUUUAUUUAAGUUAAAACAUAUAGUUGGAACAUUCAUCAAACCUUCAUUUUGUUAAUAUAGAACUUCACUAAUGUUCCCCGUAACCGAAUAACUAUAUACCAACUCUUCAUGUCCUCUAGUUUAGUUUCACUGUUUCAGUUGUAGAAACAAAGUUCAUUUACACCAAUAACAAACCUUCCGGCUACCCAUUUAGACAUGCGAAUCUCAAAGUAGUGCAAGGAGAUGCAUGCGACAUCAACAGUUUCGAGUCUGCUCUGGCUGGUAAAGAUGCGGUUCUGUCAUGUUUGGGAUCGAAGAACAGUAAAGGGCCUUUUGCAUUCACUUCUCUAUAUUCUGAUACCAUGAAGAAUAUCAUUGAAGCCAUGAAAAGGUACGCGCAUGUUGAUAUUUUUCGUAUUAAUGACACAGUUCAGCCUUCCGUUCCAUCACUCAGAAGGCUGAACUGUGCCUUUAAAGAUCGAUUUCUAGUGCGAUUUUCCUCCUCUGGUGAAUGUUGAUGAGCUUCCUUAAAGUGCCUAUGCGAAAAUUUUUUUAUGAUUGAAUUGGAAAGUUCAUUUAAAAUCAUAAUAUAACUUGUUUUCUAAAACUUAGUAAUCUUUCCUGUAUGCCAAGAUUUUCGACUUUGUUUGAUAUACAAAUGUGACUUGAAUGACGUCACACUGCAUAAUGAGUUUACAGACGACUGUGUUGUAGCUUGUUAAAAUUCUCAUUAUCUCAAAUUUACAGACGAAAUGAUCACUUUGAUAGCUCUUAAAGUAUAUCACUUUCAAUGUCAGUGGAAUUAUUACAUGUUUCGCAAAGAAACGUUUUCUUUCUAAAAACUUAUUAUGAAGUGUGACGUCUUUCAAGUCACAUUUGUAUAUCAAACAAAGUCGAAAAUCUUGACAUACAGGAAAGAUUAUAAAGUUUUAGAAAACAAGUUAUAUUAUGAUUUUAAAUGAACUUUCCAAUUCAAUCAUAAAAAAAAUUGUCGCAUAGGCACUUUAAAGGCACAGUUCAGCCUUUUGAAUGAUGGUUUUUAAAGGGCAUUUCAGCCCUUUUAAUUGAAAAAACUAACUAGGAAAAUCAAUUAAGCAUAAUUCAAGAUCAGUAAACUUAAUAUUUUUAACAUUUUAAAACAUUUUUAUUGUUAAGAACAUUGAGUUUACUGAUCUUGAAUAAUGCUUAAUUGAUUUUCCUAGUUAGUUUUUUCAAUUAAAAGGGCAUUAAUGCACCUUAAAAACCAUCACUCAAAAGUCUGAACUGUGCCUUUAAUUUCUUCUACUUCUAUAGGAAUAAAGUUGGUCGUAUCAUAGCGAUAACCUCAUGGUGUACUCAACCAGGCCCUAACAACCCUUGGUUUAUUGAGUGGUUCUUGAAACCAUUUAUCAUCGGAGCCAACUUACGAGAUAUGGCUAUUAUGGAAGAGUUGUUACAAAAUACAAACCCUGAUGAAAUCAACUAUACUAUUGUGAAACCUCCUGGAUUGUCACUGGGUAAGUAUAGUUGCUAGAAUGCGACUCUCAACUCCAGGGCUCAAAAUAACGGGAGAUAGGUCUCCGAUCAUUUUGACCCGUUUAAAUUCAAACUAAUUCAGGCUUUAAACUCUGACUUUAUAUUCAAGCUUUAAAUUCACGUUUUAAAUUCAGGUUUAAAUUGAGAUUCGGGUUUUCAUUUCUUAAUUUGGGCACUUUCUAACACUCGUCCCCAGUCCACUCAUCAACUUCAGAACGGCUAAUUGAGAGAUGGGCUUUAAGGAAGAGGUUAUUUUGCUGGCCUCAGAGUGACAAAACGUAACAAAGCAACGGUUUUUCUGACACUAACCCUAUUCCAAACUCUAACCGUAAUCCUAGCCCUAACCUAAUCCUAGGCGUAAAAAAUACCUGUGGUUCUGGUUCCCGACCGACCCUAUUUUUUUCUGCCGACCCUAUUAUUUUUUCAACGUGAUUGACCGUGCGACCCUAUUUUCUCCAGGUGGUUGCGGGCUGCUCAUACAGCGUGCCAAAAUGGCGUCUGUUGUCACACUAAUUAUUGAACCAAAUUGCCUAAAUUCGUCCAUAGGAAAUACGCAUCUCUAGUUAAUAUUGAUGUCGGGACUCUACUGGAGGGGGGGGGGGACUCUACUGCAAAUCGCCCAGCAAAAAACCGCCAAAACCAUGAAAAUUUAUUUCCGACCUACCGACCCUAAUUUUUUCACGAUAUGAAACCUGAACCACAGGUAUUUUUUUUACGCCCUACUCUAAGUUUGUUUCUAAACCAGUCUUGAAGAAAAAAUUUUUGACGAAAUGUCAUUGUGAGGUCAACGAAAUAACUUUUUCCGGGCUUUAGUGUAUCAGCAUGAAAUGAACGGCUUCAUGAAGUUAAUUGAUAAAUAACUUAGUUUACCUUCAUAAUGCAUUAUAAAAUAUCAUUUCUGUUUGUUUUUUUCAGCUGAAAGUAACGGGAACUAUAACGUGGAGGAAGGUCAGUGCAAUGUGGGUACUCUAAUGCGUAUACCUCGAGCUGAUGUCGCUCAUUUUAUGUUGAAAGCAUUGGCAUCGGAGGAAUAUAACCGCAAAUCUUUGGCUAUUGCCAGUAAUCACGAACUUUAA